AUGGUUGCACAGCAUUUAAAUGACCAUGAGGAUGAUAUCCCAACUGAUGUAUCCUCGUCUAGGGAUACAUCGGUAGAUUACCCCACAUCUACCCCCACGAAACAAAUAAGAAACGAAGCAGAUAAACAGAUAUUAGAAUGGGCAGCUAAAUUAGAACUUGAGUCAAUGGAGUUACGUGAAAGAUCCACUGCUUUGCUACAAAACUUGAAUGAGAAAUACAUUAAUUUGAAUACAGCGGUUAAUAAGUUUGACAACAUCGAGAAAAAUAUUACACGUCAAACUGAUCAUAUGAUCCAUGACUUUGGGGAGAAACGAGCUGACCGUACUUAUGAAAUGCAGGUUAUGAAAACACUCACAACCCAGUUGGAAGACGUCCAAAUGUUGUUAGUCAAUAUUUCCAGAGAUAUGAACAAACUACAAGACAGACAAACCCAAUUAGAGAAACAAUUUAUUAAGCAAGAGAAACAAUUUAUUAAGCAGGAGAAGCCACUGAACGUCACAUCGGUUCUCUUGAGUGGAACCACGCUGUCAAACGAUAUCCCAAUACAUCAUGGGUCGGGUCCUGUUACUAGAUCGAAAUCCAAACUGCUCAGGGACACGACGUUGGGCAAUGCGACAAUGACCAAGGUUCACAAGCCAUCCUCCUUUGCCUCGAGAACCACAGCAAGAACCAUCAUUCCUUGGGACGAGCUCACCAUGCCAGAAGCAGAGUGCACCACCACUUACCCAUCAGAGUUGUAA